AUGGUGGCUCUCGAGCUAUGCACGGUCAAGAGCUUUUCAAAAGCUCCGGUAGAAGACUCCGUUGUCUGCUCCUACCUUUUGCUCUUGGCCAUGUUGGUAAACAGGGAGGAGGAUGUGCAGGAGCUACGGGCGCGGGGUCUCCUGAAGGGAGGAGGAGGGCUCACCAAUGAGGAGGCGCUCCACUUCUUCACAAGCUUCCAAAGUCUACGCUUCGGACCAUGCUACAACCGCGUCAUGCGAGGCAUCGAGAUAUACAAGGAAAACAGAAGGAUGCAGACCAAGCUGUAUGCGUUUUGUUACAACAACAAGAAAAUCAUCGCCGCGGUUCUCACCGGCAUCGGUGUACUUGUCGGGAUCAUAGGGACACUCCUGUCAAUCAAGAAAUCCUUUUGA